CUUCAUCAUCAUCCAUCUGUCUUUUACAAAAACGCGUACUCCUCUUCCCCUUUUGGCCCCACACGUUUUCCCUCUCUCUCUCUCUCUUUCUCUUUCUCUUUCUCUUCUUCCUCCUUUGCAAUUUCAGAGGUUUUUACCCUGUACUGCCACCUCACUCCACCUCUCUGUUUUCUUACAAUUCAAGAUUUUUUUUUUCUUGAUCCCAUAUAAAGAUUUCAUCUUUUUCUUCUAUUGGGUGAUUUGGGGUUUGGGUAAAUCUUGUUUUGUUGUUCAUGGCGUAUCAGAUGAGUCCAGGUGGGAGUAGUAGUGGUGGGGGAUCGGGUUCGCCGUUUGCGGGUCGGGGCCCAUAUGGGGUUGGGGAUACGACGUAUACGAAGGUUUUUGUUGGUGGGUUGGCUUGGGAGACUAAGAGUGAAUCACUCCGCAGUUAUUUUGAACAGUUUGGGGAUAUUAUUGAAGCGGUUGUUAUUACUGAUAAACAUACUGGACGCUCUAAAGGCUAUGGCUUUGUUACAUUCCAUGAUCCUGAAGCUGCAUGGAGGGCUUGCACCAAUCCUAAUCCAAUCAUUGAUGGUAGAAGGGCUAAUUGCAACUUGGCUUCACUUGGGAGACCUCAAGGACUUUUACCUUAUGGACGUUUGAGAUCUUCAAUGACUUAUCUGGGAAAUCCACAGGCCCCGAGGGGUAUGUAUAUGGGGAGCCCCUAUUACCAGUUACCAGUUCCUUACAGCUAUCAGUCUGGAUUCUCAUAUCCUCCAUAUAGGUUUCCUGCAUAUGGGCCAGACUAUGUUUACCCACAGAUGUAUGGGAUACCAAGUACUGUUGGCACAAACACAUUACAAUUUGGCCAACUUGGUGCGCCGCCUGGCAGUCCUGCAUAUGCGUUUCGCGGUCAUUUGAUGACAGGUCCUCAGAUGGUGCAAUAUCAGAGACCUAAUGCUAGCGGAACUACGACAGACAAUGUUCCUCUGAUGCAACUACCAUAUCAUUCAGUGAAGGUGCUUGAUUACCCCAUUUCUUCAGGCAUCACCAUGCCAUCUCCUCGUCAGCCGCAGAAUGCAGUACAAGCUCGUCCACCACAAUUCACUCAGAGCAGUGGCUCUGACCAAAUGGCAGGUUGAAUGGUUUAACUGGAUGUAUCAUGGAUGAAUUCAAGGAAUUGGCUCGCUGUUAUUUGUGUGGUAAGACUAGGAACAUGACCUUGAACGUCAGAUGGGGAGGCAAACAGAGGUCUUCCAAAGUCACGACCACCAAGAACUCGAGGGAAUCACUUGUAAGAUACCAAGAAGUUCAGAUAACCAUAUCAGAAAUGAGGAAGUGCCUGGACUGCUCUUUUGCAGUCUGUAUGGACAAUCUUGCCAGGACUUCAAGUCACUCAUUCAUUAAAGUAUAUAAUUGAACUGAUUGUGGAAGAUGGUUUCCACAAUCAGAUUUAGUAGAAUCAACAUAUGAUUCUUUAAAUAGGCCUGGGUCAUCCUGGUCUGUAGGUGUACACUUCUCUUUAAUGUCCAUUUGACGUGUGCGUCUUUUAUUUGUUUUUUCUUUUCGAUGUUUUGAUCUCCUUAGGGAUAGGGGAUCAAUAUCCAGGUCUUCAUCUCCAUCUAUGAACUGCUAUUUUCUA